UUGUGUUCCUCAACAUGCUGUCAUUACAUCACUGUGUGUUUCCUCUGAUUCUUCUCACUCUCACAGGUGUCACAUGUGAUCAACUCACUCCAGUCAAAGAUGAAGAGUCCAGUUUAGAGGGCAGCACAGUUACUCUGACCUGCACGUACACCAAAGGUGCUGCUGAUUAUUUCUUCUGGUAUCGACAACAUCCAGGAAAAGCACCAGAGUUCCUGAUCUCUCAUUUGGAGUCAGGAGAAAUACUAACACCACCCAGCAGCUCCAGACUCUCUGUUGGAGUCAGAAAGGAUGAAACAAAAAUGACUCUUCAGAUCUCCUCUGCUGCAGUGACAGACUCUGCUGUGUACUACUGUGCUGUGAGGCCCACAGUGACAGGAAACACCAAAACUCUGUACAAAAACCUUUGGAGCAAAGACAACAGAAUACUCGUGAGACUAACAGCUGGAGACUCAAUCACUCCUCAACAAACUGAAGUCACUCAAACAGAAGGAGAAUCUGUCAAACUCACAUGUAGCUAUGAGACAAGUUAUACACAUCCAGAACUUCACUGGUACAGACAUCAUUCUGACCUUCAGGCGCCUCAGUUUAUACUCUGGAAAGGAGCAAGGUCACGUAGUGGUGUUCAGUAUAUUCCUGAUGAUCGAUAUGACUCAGAAACAUCUUCUACAUCAACUACUCUGACCAUAACAGCCCUAACCCUGGCAGACACAGCUCUCUACUACUGUGCUCUACAAACACAGUGAUACAAAGUGUAGAAGAGGCUGUACAAAAACCUGAACACAGAUAUCUGACUACUCUUCAAAGAGGAGGGAAGUGGUAUUCAAAGCACAGCUUCAUAUCAGAUGGAUUCUGCUAAUUCCUGUUUUAUCAGAGUCACUGUGGUUACAGCUGCUAAUGAAACACUGUGGGAGGAUUCACAUGAGCAGCAAAUCCACAUCAA